AAGUACGUAAAAGAAACUCCUAGAACCUCCCUAACCCUUCCCCGUAUCCCUCCAGAACGUUCUCUCCGUUUCCAUUUCGUCACUACAAAUAGCAAAGCGUUCACGAAUUCAAGCACCAAACUAUCGAAAGGAAAAAAGAAUCAAUUUCAUCUCUGCAAUUCCUCAAUUCCUAGUCUAUACUUCUUUCAAAGUAAUAUCGAGAGCAACCAAGAAGCUCAGGGAAAAAAAGAAAAAAAUGGAUUUCAGAAUCAUGGGUUUGGAUUCGCCACUCUUCUCGACCCUCCAGCACAUGAUCGAUGCCAACGAAGACGGCGACAAGACCUCCAAUGCUCCGACUCGUUCCUACGUGCGCGACGCGAAGGCCAUGGCUGCUACUCCUGCAGAUGUGAAGGAAUUGCCCAAUUCCUACGUGUUCAUCGUCGAUAUGCCGGGGCUGAAAUCGGGGGACAUCAAGGUCCAAGUUGAGGAUGACAAUGUGCUGCUGAUCAGCGGCGAGAGGAAGAGGGAAGAAGAGAAAGAAGGCGCCAAGUAUGUGAGAAUGGAGAGGAGGGUCGGAAAGUUUAUGAGGAAGUUUGUGCUGCCUGAGAAUGCCAACACCGAUGCCAUUUCGGCUGUGUGCCAGGACGGCGUUUUGACUGUGACCGUGCAGAAGCUGCCUCCGCCAGAGCCGAAGAAGGCCAAGACCAUUGAGGUCAAGAUUGCUUAAACAGUGACAAUUGUGUAAGGGCUACGGGUGUUAAAAGCUGCUAUGUGUGAUUGUGGGGUUUGGGUGAAUUGGUAAUAAGUAGUAGGAUUUUCUGUUAUUUUUGCGAGUGAGUGACGGUUUAUGACUUUUCGAGCUGUCUUUUGUGUGGAUAUAGUGGUGCAUUAUAAAUCUAAUCGGUAUCGGUAUUUUCUUCCUUAUAAAAUGUUCGAUCUUCUUCUUUCUUUUUAA